UAUACUUAAAAGCUAAAAAGUAACAAUAAUGUUCAAAUUGGUUCAAAAGUUGAAGCCGGAAAACAUUUUCUUUAUCAAUAGACAAUGUUACUGUCAUAGCUGUUGUUUAUGGCAACCAUUCAAAAUGGCGACCAUUGAUUCUAAAUUAAGUGUUAUGCCAUAUGAGGCAAAACCUGUGAAGAAAGUAAAAUUAAAUGAAAUCGUCCCUCCUGUGGAUUUUUCUUUCCUUCAUGUGUCAACUCUUGAAGAAUGUGAAAAAGAAGAGCCACGAGACCCAUCUCCACUUAGAAGUAUCAAGAAAAAAACUGAAAAAGAUGUACCAGAUAAAUCAAACAGCCUCUGUCUUAAACUAAACAACAAUGGAUUAAAAGAAAUCUCUAAACUGAUGUCUAUAGCUAGUGCACGAUUUAAAAAUCCUCUCAAUAUUAGCUGGAUUGAUUUGUCUUUUAACUUUCUUCCAAACAUUGAUCCGGUCCUGACACAGUUUGAAAAUUUGAAAAUCCUUUACCUUCAUAGCAAUGAAAUUUCAGAUCUGAAAGAAAUUAACAAACUUGCCAGUUGCCCCAAACUCACAAAGUUGACAUUGCAUGGCAAUGAGAUUGAAAAUAUUAAGGGCUACAGGUUUUUUGUUUUGGCAGCACUUCCUAAUCUGGUCAACUUUGACUUCAGCAUUGUAACAAAAGGGGACAAAGUCACAGCUAAAACUUUCAAAAUGUUUUAUAACCCAGAUAAACCUAAGAAGCUGAAAAAGGAAAACCUACCUUAGCCAAUUUAGACAUUUUUUUUUAUGUUAAUAAAGUUCUGUUCUAGAAAGUGUUGAUCUGAGCUAAGGUGCAACAGAGGUUAAUAAACAUCUUCUAAGCAUUAGUCAUUGUCAUAAGUAUUAAUUUAUUCUCAGUAUAUAUUUUGUAAAAAAAAAAAAAAAAAAAAAAAGGAGGGGGGCUAAUUUGGAAACUAAAAGUGAAUAUUUAAUUAGAAAGUUUCCCCUUUUCAGACUUAUUUCUAUAAUUAAUUUUAUGUUUAUUUAAAUUGAGUAGAGUCUAAUAGCAGACAUUUUCAUCUGUUGUAGACAACAUUGUCUGUUGUAAAAUAGGGUAUGCAUGAUAGUUGCUAUAUAUUUUGCUUUCUCUAUUUGGGGUUUCAGAUCCAUAGUAAAGGUCUACAAAGAGUUGGUUGGGAAAAAGUUGACAAGUGUCACUACAUGCUGAUAUGAUUUGUAGAUAUUACUUGUUACUAUCAAAGAAGUCGACAGCUCUGACUUUUUGUAUGUACAUAUAUAAAUAAAAAGAUUAAUUGAUAUAUUGAAUGGUUUUGUGUACAAAUCUUGUAAAUAUCAAAUAGCUAUGUGUUCUGGUACAUCAUAUUUUUUAUGUCUCUUCAUUGUGGGCCUGUCUCAUCACCUCUUAGAUCUGCAUUUUAGUCAAAUGCCAAGUCUACCUUAUCCUUGUAGGGCUAGCUUAUCAUCUUGUGUUAUCUUAUCACUGUAGGCUUGUCUCGUGUAUGAUUCUAAUAAUCUCUACUUAUGUGAUGUUUUUCUCUACAAUGAAAUAAAACAAAAUAAGGCAAUGAAAAUGAUGUUUUUUAUUUUGUUUUUCCUAUCCAAAAAAAGUAAGUACAGUAAUCCCUAGCUUAUCACAGGAGAUGCGUUCCAUCACCAUGGUGAUAACCAAUAGUCGUUAAUAAAGCUGCGAAUCUAUUUAAGUUUUUAAAUGCACAUAACAUCCCAUGUUAGAAUUAAUAUUAGUAAUAUAUUUUUAUUUUUGUUUGAAUAUUUUACAUCCUAGAACUCAGUCAAAUGAAAUAUUAAUAUCAUAAGGAGAGAAAAAAACAAACAUUUGCAAGUGAAAAUUGUGUUCUGUUCUGUUUAAUAAACAAUCAAUACUGUCAAAACAAAGAACUGUAGUGUGACAUCACAUACAAACCAAUGUAUAAGCUCAUACCUUUACCUUUUUGUUUUUUUCUAAUCAAAUAAAAUACACAGAAAAAAAAAGAAAAGGGUCGGCAGUUUAAUAUUAGUGUUGUGGAAAACAGUAAAAAUAAAUAUUAAACUCACAAUAUGAUAUACAAAACUAAUGUUAAUGUAAAAUUUCAUACAUCUACUAGAUUGCAGGUCCCUUUUAACAAAUGUGUACAUUAUUUUCCAAACAAAGUUGAAAAAGACUAAUUCAGGGGCCUAAAACUUUCAAUUUUUUUCCCAGUGAAUUUUAAAUCAUUUUUAAAGUAUGAAAUGCAUUUUUUGUUCUAUUAAUGCAGAUUUAUUUAAUGUGUAGUAAAAAUGUUCACUGGAAAAAAUCAGUGACACUGAAAAAAAAAAGCUUUGUAAAAUGUACACCUGAAACAAGAAUUAAAGAAAAAGAAAGUUUAUACAAAUCUACUGGAUUCUAAGAGAUUAAAAUUUUUCUGUAAGACCUAGUCUACUUGUAAGCAUCAAUAUAAAUAUAUAAUAAAGCAACAUUUCUGAAUUUUUCUAAACUAUUCAAUUUUGGUUCACUAUCAGAUAACAGUCAUAAAAUGAUUCACAGAGAGUCACACUCUAAAAGUGAAAAUUAAUACACAAGAAGUGUAUAUAUAAGUUAUAUUAGUAUUUUUCUUUUGUUUAGUAUGAAAAUCUAGUGUUUUUCUUUUUGUGUUAUGUGUUUGAAAAAAAGGAGGCCUCAUUAAAAGAUGUUAAAUUGUCAUUCUUGCUUAGUAGAAAUUCAAAUAGUUUUCUCAAUGGUUUGUAUGGCAGUCAAUGCAAUCUACUUAGCAAGUAGAUUAAUGCAAAUUUGUCCAUGCUUUUUGCAUAAUUUUAUCUGUAAUUGACAUACAUAUUUAUACACUUUAAUGUAAGCUCUAAUGGAUAUGGUAAUUAGAUACAGACUGCAAGUAAUAAAAUAGACUAUUGGCUACCAUCACAAAAUAGUUCAUGUACCAGUAGCAUUUCACUGAACUAUGUUCUAUUUUCCAGGUUUAAAUAUUAAAUUAGGUAUAUUCCAUGUAUACAGAUUCAUUUAGUUGAUAGCUUCUACCUAUACAGACAAUAAGCUCAUGCACCUCUUGGGAAAAAAUGUAUUUACAAAACAACUAAAUAAAGAGAAUUUUUGAAAAUAAAACUUUAUCUUCCCAGAUUUAUACAAAUAAAAUGUCUCCUCUAUAAGUGAAAAUAAAAUAGUCACUCAUUUACGUUAUUAAAAAAAUUGCAAACUAGUUUAGGAAGUGAUAAAUUCAUAAACAUUUCACCCAUAAAGGAAUGCCUUUAGCUAGUGUACAGCAAGCUUAGCAUAAAAACCAAGGUUUCUAGAUUCCAAUGACAUCUUUUUUUUCGUUUCAAAGAUUAUAGGCAACAAAAGAGAAGUUGGGGAGGGAAGGGAAUAGACAUUUAAAAAAUACAUUGUCCUUUACAAACUCUUGCAGGAAACAGCAGACAUUGGAAGCUAGCAGUGCUACCUAAGUGACAAAUGUGGUGGGUUUCUAUUUCAUUUCUUUGUUUAAAAAAUAUGUAAAAAAAAAAAAAAAAAAAAAAAAAAAAAGAAA